GGGCGCGGGGAGCGGAGCGGCGGGCGGCGCCCCUGCACCAUGAACAGGCUGCGCAAGUUCUUCCGAGGCAGCGGGCGGGCCCUGGCGUUCGUGUUCGCGGCGUCCGUCCUCUGGCUGCUCUUCGACAUGGCAGCGCUGCGCCUGUCCUUCAGCGACGCCGGCUCCCGGCUGCUCCAGGCGCGCGGCGUCCGCAGGGAGCCGGUCGGAUUCCAGGCGCGGCCCGGCCCGGCCCAGGCGGCGCCCCCGCACGGCGGCGGGGAGGGCGGGAGGCCCCCGGCGAGGCCGCGCGGGCGGGACCCGGGGCCCCGGGAGCGCCCUCGGGGGGCGGCGGGCACCGCGCUGCGGGCUGACGCCGCCCCGGCCGCGGCCCCGACGGACGGGAGGACGCGCCGCGCGGGAGGCCGGGUCGCCGCUCGGCGGCCCCCUGCGCCUCUGCAGCCCCGGGCGGGGGCUCGCGCCGGGCCGCGCACCGCCCAGCGGGACCUCGGGCCCGCGGCCGCGGGGGGCACGGCUCGGGGCACGGCCCGGGGCACGGCUCGGGGCACGGCUCGGGGCACGGCUCCGGGCACGGCUCGGGGCACGGCUCGCGGGGCUCCGCGCGGCCCCCCCGCAGCCGCGCCCGGAGGCCGAGCGGCCGCGACCUCUGCGCGCGCGGGCCCCGUGGGCGCACCCGCCGAGGCCCCGACGGCUCCCGGGCUCCGCGCUGGCCCGCGGGCGCCGGCGGCCGGGCGAGCCCCGGGGGAGGGCGGCGGCCCCGGGGGGGGCGCGCGGCCCGGCAGCCCAGCGGUGCCCGAGCCCCGGGGAGCCGGCGCCCUCGACGCAACGGGGCCUCCGAGCCGAGACCUAGCCGCGAACCGAGGCGGAGCCGGCGAGACCCUCGCCGUUUCCCAGCCCGGGGCCAGUUCGGGAGGCCCCCGGGGGCGGCCAGCCGGGGAACCCGGGCGGGGAGCGGGGCCGGCGGGGGGCGCGGCCACAGCGGCUGCCGGGGGGGCGCCCGGUUCCUCCGCAGGCCACGUUGUGAUCGUGAGCAAGGAGGAGCAGCCAAGGCCGGAGCCCAGGCAGGUGCCUGGAACAGAGGCGGGAACCGAGGCCGAGCCCCCCGCUGCCCUGGGGGACAAAGCCACCUCCGGGAAGGGAAGCCAGGCCGCCGCCGCCGCCGCCCCCGCCGCCCCCGCCCCGGCCGAGCCCCCGCGCGCAGGAGCGCCCCCUGCAGGCCUCCGCCCAGGUCGCCGAGGAGCGCCGUCACCUGCACAGCCCGCCGUGCGCCGGGUGUCGGGGAUCGACGCCACACUUUCUCCCAGGGACCCCGAAGCCCCGGGCCAGUUUGGACGGCCCGUGGUCGUUCCCCGUGGGAAGGAGAAGGAGGCAGAAAGAAGGUGGAAAGAGGGAAACUUCAACGUCUACCUCAGCGACUUGAUCCCCGUGGACAGAGCCAUUGAAGAUACAAGACCUGCUGGGUGUGCAGAGCAGCUCGUUCACAAUAACCUCCCAACCACCAGUGUCAUCAUGUGCUUUGUGGAUGAAGUGUGGUCUACUCUCCUGAGGUCUGUUCACAGUGUCCUUAAUCGCUCUCCUCCGCACCUCAUCAAGGAGAUUCUGCUGGUGGAUGACUUCAGUACCAAAGACUACCUAAAAGAUGAUUUGGAUAAAUACAUGUCUCAGUUUCCAAAAGUUCGGAUUCUUCGCCUCAAAGAGAGACAUGGCUUAAUAAGAGCCAGGCUGGCGGGAGCACAGAAUGCAACAGGUGAUGUGUUGACAUUCUUAGAUUCUCACGUGGAAUGUAACGUUGGUUGGUUGGAACCUCUUCUGGAAAGAGUUUAUUUAAGUAGAAAGAAAGUAGCCUGUCCAGUAAUUGAAGUCAUCAAUGAUAAGGAUAUGAGUUACAUGACAGUGGACAACUUUCAAAGAGGCAUCUUUGUGUGGCCCAUGAACUUUGGUUGGAGAACAAUUCCUCCAGACGUUGUUGCAAAAAACAGAAUUAAAGAAACAGAUAUAAUAAGGUGCCCCGUCAUGGCAGGUGGAUUAUUUUCUAUUGAUAAAAAUUACUUUUUUGAACUUGGAACAUAUGACCCUGGACUUGAUGUCUGGGGUGGAGAAAAUAUGGAGCUCUCAUUCAAGGUGUGGAUGUGUGGUGGUGAAAUUGAGAUCAUUCCCUGCUCCCGAGUGGGCCACAUAUUCAGAAAUGACAAUCCAUACUCCUUCCCCAAAGACCGGAUGAAGACAGUAGAGCGGAACCUGGUGCGGGUUGCUGAGGUCUGGCUUGAUGAGUACAAGGAGCUAUUCUAUGGCCAUGGGGACCACCUCAUAGACCAAGGGUUGGAUGUCGGAAACCUCACUGAACAACGGGAACUUCGAAAGAAACUAAAGUGCAAAAGUUUCAAAUGGUACUUGGAGAAUGUUUUUCCUGAUUUGAAGGCCCCCAUUGUGAGGGCUAAUGGUGUGCUUAUUAACGUGGCCUUGGGCAAAUGCAUUUCCAUUGAAAACACCACAGCCACUUUGGAAGACUGCGAUGGGAGCAGCGAGCUUCAACAAUUUAAUUACACCUGGCUAAGACUUAUUAAACAUGAAGAGUGGUGCUUAGCUCCCAUCCCUGAUACUGGGGCCCUGAGGCUGCACCCUUGCGAUAACAGAAACAAAGGGCUAAAAUGGCUACAUAAAUCAGCGUCAGUCUUUCACCCAGAACUGGUGAAUCACAUUGUUUUUGGAAAUUAUCAUCAGUUGCUAUGCUUAGAAGGAAAUGUUUCUCAGAAGACCUUGAAAGUUGCUGCUUGUGACCCAAUGAAGCAACACCAAAAGUGGAAAUUUGAGAAAUAUUAUGAAGACUAAAGAAUAACUAAUAUUUUAAUCUACUAAACCCAUUAGACACUGUGAAAAUGACAGUGGAUGUGGGGACUGUAUUUCUCCGUGGUAGUUUACAUUUUCAAAAUUAAUAGCUUUGAACAGGAGAUUUAAAAACCCACAAUAUUUGAGAAACCAAAAGUGAGCUCAGGGAAACAACCUAACGUUGAAUUAGAGUCCUUCUUCAGUUCUUUGUGGCCUUAUGAAUUGCCUGCUUCCUGCCUGUGCUGGAAGGACCUCAGCCUGCAAGUUUCCCCCAUGCAAUCAAACAGGUAACGGGAAAUGAAGCUAAAAGUAUUUGAGAAAGUACAGUGAUAUUCAUGAUUGAGUUUGAUAAUAACCAGCUCUUUUGGCCCACAAGUAGGUAUAAUCAAUGGGAACCUAUUCUUUUAUUUGCUUUUUUUUUUUUUUAAUUAAAAAAGUUACUUGAGUUCCUAUGAUGAAAAGACCUCAGAAACACACAGCUGUCAUCUUGGUGAAGUCCCUCCCAGCUACACACAUGUUCACCUAACAGUAUGAAAGAGUAUCAUAUUCCUCAAUGGUAGAACUUUGAUCUGGAUGACUACAUAAUGGUUUUUUGUUUUUGGUUUUUCGCAAUCUGAGUCAGUGGAAAAACUUUUAAGUGAGGAAGUCAAAUGCUUAUUCAGUUCUAGAUAUGGACAUUGUUUCAAUUCAUUCUGUGCCUUUAAAACUACACUUUAAAGAAACAAUCAUACUAGUAACUUCCUAGACUUAGGUAGAUAUUUAAAAAGAAAGAAAAAAAGACAAAGAAAAAGGGGCUGGGUCACAGUGCGCUGUAGUCACCAAAAAUACACUUAAUUGUUGAACACGCUGCAAUGUAAAACAAAGCAGAAAUGAACCACUGAAAAAAAUUAAAGAUUUAUAUAAAAUACUACUUUAGAUGUAACAGCAUUCACAGGGAUGAAGCAUACUAAAAAUAGCUCUAAAAGAUUUCAAAGCAGAAAUAAAAUGAAGUAAAUAUGAUGAAAGGGGAAGAAAAUGAGGUAAACAACCCUCUGGAAGACAGUUAAGAAAAAAUUGACCUAGGCUUGACCAGAAAAGAAAAGGAAUCUCGUACCUCUAUGGGGUGGAGGUGGGGGAUAAGGCCAUAGAUGUGGACCUAAUGGUAACACUGAUGAAUUUGAGGAAGAGUCCAUGAGAAAGAGUCCAAUAUUUCUUCCAUCCAAAUUGAGUUCCUAAUCUUAGGUAUGACAAUACUUAGGCAUAUCACAAGAGAUUCUAGAAAUCCAAAUAUCCUUUGUAUUGAUUUUUGAUAAGAAAAUUCAUGCCCAGAAAACACAUUACCUGCCUAAGAGUCCCACUCCAGAUAGUGAGAGAUGAAGAUUAGAAUUUGGAUCUCCAGAGACAGGGCUCAUUACACUGCCCCAGGACUCCAGCCUAAACAAAUCCGCUCCACAGCAUUCUUAAAAAGGAGUUACAUAAACCUUGCUGGGAUUGGGUCUCUGGAGCCAUGCUAUACGCUUGUUAAUAUAAAAAAACAAAGCUUUGUUCAGUUGAGCUGAUGGUAAAAGUGGGCAUCUUUAGUUUUGACUUCCUAUUUAAAAUUUAAUUUUAUCUCCCAAUUAAUUACACAAAAGCAGAGCUAUAACUAUGACUCAGAAGGGGAAACAGCUCUGCCUAUUUGCAUCAUACUUAAGAUGUUUUAUUCAGAUAAUUGACAUUGCAGAUGAGAUAAGAGAAUGACUAGAAAAUGAGAUAAUUCUUUUCAAAACAGAGCCAUAUGGGGGAUAAAACACAAGUCAGUUGCCAAAGGAUUAACUGAAUUGCUGACCAAACUGAAUGUGCUGAGUGCCUCAUGCAAUUCUUUGUGUAACUGCAAAAAUGUUGAAAGGUUUUUUUGCCCCCAGUCUGAAGACUCUUUUUAUUCAAAAACAGUUUCCACAAAACACAUCAAGUCUGUUCAGAAAAAGAUGAGUUAUGGUUUGGCUACACGUACCUUUGGGCAUACCAAUGAAAGAAAUUUGAAUGUUUUUCACCAAGACCUUCUACAGUCUGUUUAUGGUCUUCCUGACUUCACCUUGAUAUAAUAUGAAGCUCUCUUGGAAUCUAUCUUGUCAAUGUAGCAAAGGAUUGUUUUCAUACAUGGUAUGUUUGUUCUUGGGAAGAAUUUUAAAAACAGCUUUUACCAUGUAUUUGCUCCAUUACCCUAAGAUGUGAGGAACAAAUCACUAAUUAGAAAUCUUACAGGCCUAAACUUAAGAGUAUUGGCUAAUUGUGAAAUCUUCUACCAACAUUUUUUAAGCAUUAUCCUCUAAAUUUUGUUUUCAGAAGCUGUAAUAAAGGUGUAAAUGCUACUCUAUCUCUCUGGUACUUCUAGUGAGAAAUCCCUGAGUGUGACACAUUCAGGGUCCUAUUCAGCCCUAAAUUCUUCAGUAGGAGGCUGUGUUAUGGGAGACCUCAGAGUUUUGCCUGGAUUGCCUUGAGUCAUUGCUUUUUCUUAGACAAGUGUCUGUAUAUCUUGUUACCUUAAACACAAGCAUAGUUUUGAUAAUAUUAUGCAGGAUCCAUGCAAUCAAAAACUAACUUACCAGAGCAUCUGAGACCUUCUGAACCUUCUGGUUUGCACAGUUCCUUUCCCUUUUUCAACUGUUACCCAGAGCUUCUCCCUGAAGGAUGACACAGCUGUUGUUGGUACAACCAUGUUUUAUCACCAGCAUCAAAUUUGCUCAGUUCUGCUUGCUGACAUUCAAUCAGCUGUCAUUCACAGGGCCAAAAACCACCAUUUGCCAUAAUCACAAUGGAUUGUUUCUCCACAGCUAAUUUGGAAAUAUUCUCUUAGACAAAAAACAAAAACAAAAACAAAAACAAAAAAACCUUCCUUAUAGUAUUACCUUACAGAUUGUGGAGGGGCAAAGAUACCAGUUAGAGUGCAUAAGAAUUCAAUUUCUCCAGUCAACCUUGAAUUUAUGAACAUCUUAGGAUGAUUUUCAAGGGGCUCUCACGCAAAAGAGUGGGGUUGAGGCUGGCCAGAGAGUUACCAUCUUUAUUUAACAACUCUAACUUCUAUGUUCAAACACAGAAAAUAAAUGAUGCCUCAGAUAAGGAUCCCAAUAUCUGGGAUAAAAACAAGAAUUUAUAGUGAAUAAAGGGAAACAGAUGAGAAUUGAUUCUCUUAGAGUACUCACCGUGUGCUAGGUGCUGACAGUGCCCCAUCUCACCAUUGUGCCCAACUCAGUGAGUUAGGUUCUUACUCUUUCCAUUAUGCAGACAAGGAGGAUGGCUGAGAGGAACUGUCUAAGAGCAUUCCACCAGCAAGAGAUUAAAAUCUAGUUUCCAUUCUAUCUAGCUGGGAAAAAAAAAAAGAAAAAAACGAGUCUCUUUAAAGACAACAUGCUGCUAUGAAUUGUCGGGGUUUUUUUUUUUUCCCUUUAAGUAGGGCCAUCAACUCAGGUGGGCUCAGUUGAAAUCCCUUCAUUAUGAAGUCAAAUGUCUUUGGUCUUCCUUGGCUGCUUUAUAGAUAGAUAGGCUAUAGAAGCUACACCCUUUCUGCUAACCAACUGAAAUGUAGGCUUAAGGUUAGCUAUCCCCACAGGUUUUGCAAUGGUCUAUCUCCUUGACUUCUUGCAGGACAUAUUCUUUUCCAUUUCCUAUAACAAAUAUGAGAAGGAGAAGCAGACAUAGAGAAAUUGCUUCUCUAUAAAUGAUACUGCCAACUCUUUCUGCCCCCAACCGUUAAUCAAAGCCAACAGAUUGCCCAACUUGAACAGAGUUGGGAAGUAAAACAUUGAAGACUCCUUUAAUUUAAAAUACAAACUAAAACUCCUUUUACUUAAUUUUGUAGAUUGUCACCAUGGUGCUUUCCCAACAACUUUUGUGUAGGUUAUUCAAAAAUUGCUAUGAGCCACAUGACGAAGUGAGAAAAGGAAACCAACCAAAGUUAAUGUACAAAAUAUUUAUUUUUCAUAAACAGCCAUUCCACGGACAAGUUUGAGUAAGCAAUGUAAAGUGUUAAAUACUCCUGAUGAGGUUUAAUGGAUGGUAUUUCAGGUGUUGGUGAUGCCUGUACCUAAAAGGAAGGAAAAAAAUCCCAUCACAAUAAGCAGAUUCAGUGCCUCUGUUUUCAACCUAAUGGGUCAACUAGUAGUUACCAUUCCAAUUAGGGUUUCUUUGCAAGCUUAUGUGAACCAUUGCUUUGCAAAAACAUACAGGAAAGUUCUCAUUUUUCAGCAAAUACAACUUCUAAUACAGCGAGGUUCUAAUGAUGAUAGUUGCCAACAAUAAGUAACAAAUAAUUUCUUUUAAAACAGGCUAUUUUAUUGCUGAUUGAUUAGUAUUUGCUAGUUCAAGGAUAUUAGUCAAAAAUACCUAUAUAAAAUAAAUUGUUUAUAUAGAUACAAACCUAAUUUUUUGAAAGCCUAAACUAUCUUUACUUGACCAAAAGCAAAUUGAUCUUCGUAAAUAUAUAUGUAUAUAUACAUAUAUAUUCAUAUAGAUAAAUGUGUGUAUAUAUUCAUAUAUUAUGUCUGUAUAUAUAAUUAUAUAUGUGAGUCUAUAUUUUAUGCUUUGAAGCAGGAGAGAAUAAGACCAAGAGUUUCUACAUACAAGUAUAAAGAAAACUAUGAAAUGCUUUUGGAUAUUUUUAAUUCUUUUAAGUGCACAGCUUUGUCUACAUCUGACCUUCUGGACAAAAGUAUCUCCAAUGGACUUUCACUCUGGGUGUUGUUUUCCAUACUUGAAGGGAGUAUGCAAGCUCUAAAUUAUCAAGAUAUUUGUUAUUCACUUAGGAUUAUGCACAUGCCUUAAUUCUCUUCCUUCAAACAACUGCUCAAAUGUUGCUAGUUUUAUACAAAUUAGCUGUAAGAAACGGACAGAAAAAGAAGAGAAGGCAAAGGUCAAAUUAGUGAGUUUUCUUAUUAAUUACCUAAAAACUUCUGUUGAUGGGAGAACAAGAUUGGAACUAUGGAAUUUAAAGGGAUUUGGAGUUAAUUUGAACAUUUUGAAGUACCCAAUUUUUCUGCCUCUCCCAACUUAAGUUAUUGUAAAGAAGGACUCAAAUAUGUAAUUUUAAGUUGCUAACUAAAAAUUCAAUUACUUUCCAAAUUCAUCUCCAAAAUUCUCCCACACUGGCAGUUAAUUACUAGGUAUUGUCCUUUGGUUUUGUAGUUUGCCAUGUAUCUGUUGGGUCAUUUCUGCUGUUGAUCACUACCCGUGUCGCUGUGUUUAUGUGGAUUGUAUGGCUUAGUCACUCGUGUUCCUCAUGAGCUGUAUACACAUUUUGGUAUUCAUAUUUACUAUGUUACUGUCUGAUAUUUUAAUAUUGGCAAAUGUUUGCUAUAACUUUUGACAUUACUUUUUAUAGCCUUCUUGUUUUUAUAGAGCAAUGAAAGUUAAGCCUUUAAAAGUAGUUGCCUUUUACAUGUGGUCAAACAUAUUUCUUCUUUAUGAUACUCUGGUGCUUCAUCUUUUUCCAUAAUUCUCUAUUAUUACUUAUUUUAAAUGUUUUUCCUAUCACUCUGAAAAACUUAAAUGUCCGUUCUUCAUUUGAAAAUGCGCCAGAAGUACUACCCCAUGUAAAUAUGCAGAAACAAUUAUUAUAAAAGUGUCACCAUGGUUUAAAUGGCUAUAAAGACAUAUAUAUUUUUAUCAAGUUGUUGGAGUUAAGAUGUAUCUAAAACAAGAGCUCAGUUCCUAUAAAAAUAUUACAAAUUUUUCAUGAACAUUACAUAUCUACCUGCCAGAAAUCUUUUUUUUGCAAUGGUGUACAUAAUCAUUUUAAGACCUUUUUGAAAUAAAUAAUGCCUUUUUGAAUUUAAA